AGCGACAGCGCCCCCCUCACAACCCCGCGGCACUGAUUCUCUCCCUGGUCCCCGCUGCUCGGUUUGAGAAUUCCUUUCUGGAUUGCGCGAAACCAUGUCGUACAGUCAACGCAUGAGCCAGCAGUUCCAUGGCUCGCAGCAACACCAUGGCAGAGGUCGCAAGAAGGAGGACGAGAACGAUGCGCUGAUGCGCCUGCCCGACAAGGAGAUCGCAGGAUGUAUCAACGACAUCGGUAUCCCGUUCACCGCCGCCGACCUGAUCAAGCCGAAUCCGCAACAGAUCCAAAUGGUGUUCGAAUGGUUUGCGGAACUCCUCAUGAACAUGACCCGCGAAACGGUAGAGCCAGCCAUGCGUGCCGCAGCCGACGACGUCUCUGGCGACUACCCCGACAUUGUACCCACGGACACGCGCAAUCUGAUGGGGUUCUUCACCAGUCUACGACGGUUGAUGGGGGAGUGCGGUGUCAACGAUUUUACGUUCACAGAUCUGACGAAGCCUACACACGACCGACUCAUCCGGAUAUUCUCCUACCUGAUCAAUUUCGUCCGGUUCCGCGAGUCUCAAACCCCUGUCAUUGAUGAGCAUUUCAACAAGGCGGAGAAGACAAAGUCGCGCAUCGAUACGCUUUACGCCGAGAAUCAAGAGAUGGAGGUGCGUCUCGAGGAGAUGCGCCGGACCAUGAAGGCCAACGAAGCACAAGUGAAGGACAAGGUUAGACGGAAUGACGAGCUGAAAGCCCGCCUGCUUGAGUUGAGACGGAACCAGGAGCGCGUGGCGGAGACACUGGAACGGGUCAAGGUCGACAAGGCGAGGCGGCAGGCACAGCUGGAGGAGAAGACGGAGAAGGUCGUCCGUACCCGACAGGAGGUUGAGAAACUGCGUCCCUACGUCAUGGAGAGCCCGCUCUCUCUCCAGUCAUCCCUGACUGAUCUCUCGGAGAAUUUGCUACGCGAGAAGGCUCAGAUUGAUGCGAUGGAGAGACGGGCGAGAGCUCUGCAGACCUCGUCGGAUACGUUCACUGUCGUCAGUAACGAUGUGCAGGCGUGUGUGCGGCUCCUCGAAGAUAUCUCUGUGGAAAUACAAAAGGAGGACGAGGAGGAAUCGAGGGCUUCCAGGAACAGGGAGGCGAUUUCCGAGCGAGGAAAUAACGUGAGGGAGGUGGAGCAGACAGAGAAGCUGCUGCAGCGGCAGCUGUCGCGGUGGAACGAAAGGAUCGAAGCUCUACGGAAGAACGCCCAAGAGAAGGCAGAGACAGCGCAGACCCGUAUGGAGGAGCUCCGGGAGGUCCAGAAGCAGCUGCGCGAGGAGCGUGCUGAUAAGCAGCGCGACAUGGAGAGAAGGAGGAUUCGGAUCGAACAGACCGAGAAGAAGAUGGCCGAUCUCAAGGAGAACAUUGAGAGCGAGAUUCAAGGUGCCCACGAUGAGUACCUGAAACUGGAGUCGCACAUCAAGCUUUACAUCACCGACAUGGAGAAAUGUCUAUAAGUCUGGGGUUUGUCAUUGUUUUUAGGGAGUUAAGGGUCGGUUCAAGGAUACCCGGUUGAUUAUUGGGGUUUACAUGGUGUGAUAAGUUGUAGUACAUACUCGCUCG